AUGGGAAACAAGAAGAAGCGAGGACAAGCGAACCGAGGAGGAGGUCGGGCUGGAGGCAAAGCGGCGGAUAACAACGGAAAACCGAAAUCCGUUGAGCAUAUCGAAGCGAGUUACAGUAGUGAUUUUUAGGCACCUUUCAGAAUUAUCCUUUGAUGUUCCGAGCUCUGCGAGCUUCUAGCCCAUGUAUUUGACACGUCUUUCUUGAGCCACCACCUCAAAUUUUCCUUUGGCAGUCGCUAGUUCCGUGUCUUUUUCGUGUCUUCUUGCUCAUUAGCUUCUCCUUUGCUUCUUCUGCAUCACGAUCCGUCAAUUCCAGCAGAUUCUGGUCCCCCAGCGGAAUGAAUUUUGCAUCCACUCGAGGGGCGAGAAGUGCCAGGCACCUUUAUGUCGUCUGUGAUCACGUCUUGUAUGAUCCGAGAAGGAAAACUUCAAUUUAAGUCCGCACACCAAACAUGCAUGUCCUCUCUCUCGGUGAGCUUUUCACUGAUGUCUGCACAGACGAAGACAACGGCAUGCGCACCUCUCGCUGAAAUAAUGUUCUUCAUUUCAGUCAAUGAGGUUGAAAUUUCUCCGUACAAGUAACCACUCUGUAGGGAUCUUUCCACUUUUUCAUCAGCUUGCCACACCGCGCCAACACCCCACUUCCUGGUGAUGGAAAUCAUCUAUUGGCCGUGUUAUAUUUGCCAUCGAACAAUUUCUUGCACUCCUUCACUUCUCGAGCAGCACGCUCUCUAGCCAUCUUAGCUUUCUGCCGUUUCAGAGCCAUCACACACACACACACACACCGGAGUCUUUGGAAAAGAACACCAUGAUUCUAAAAUUUUGCGCCAAAAGACAAAUUGGAUCUGCUUGCUCAUUUCACCAGUCAGCCACUUCAUGUUGGGGUGUUUGAGGAUACGAUGGACGUCUUGCAUGUUGGCGUGCGUGUCUUUCGACGUGGAUUUUGGGGGAGAAUUGAGUAAAACAUGAUAAAAAGAUGAUAGAAGAAGAAGGGCUCGCGGGUGUUUCCACCCGACAAGAUACAUGAUGUCCCGGACGACCCAGAAGCUCACGAUGUUUUAUUAUUAUCCACAAUUAUCCAUUUCAGGAGGAAGAAAUGAUAGUAUUGCCUGGAGAGGACGUCGAGUGUUACCGCGCAAUACUUGAACUUCUCUCAAACGCAGGCUACCACCGUGCCAGAUGCAUCACGAUUCCGGACUAUAAAAAAGUGAGAAAGGAUUGAGAAGAUCUUCAAUAAUUUAGAAAAUUUGUUUGUUCCAGGUGAUUGGUGGACUCAUUUGGGCCGCCUCAAGACUCAAUCAGUGUAAAGAUCCGCCGAUUUAUAAUAGUCUUACAACCUGCGAGUUCAAUGAACGGGACAGUUCUAUCUCGCACAACGGGUAAAUGAUACAACGCGAGGACGGAACAAACAGUGGUUGUCCUAAUUUCAGAACGCUCGGUCAAGAUUUGCUCGAAUUCCUGCUAAAAACUAACAAUUUUCCGGAACUCAAGAUGCAAAAUUUAAUGGGACCGAAUUACGUAGCCCUCAAGCCAGUGGUGGAGAAGGUCGUCGAGAUGUUGCAAGAGGAAAAGUACACCGAUAGAGUGCUUAUGGAGUACUUUGUUCAUCUGAAGCAUGUUCGAGAGAACCCGACUGUGGCAACCAACUCCUUUCGAGAAUAUAUCACGUUUCCGCUUUUCUCGAAUCUUGAUAGAUCGGAACGCUUCGACAAAUUUGACUACUCCAUUCUGUGCGACAUAAAAAUGGACGGCAGACUCAUUAUGGCCGAGUACAUGAACUACUACAAGACCGCAAUGCGCAUUUAUCCGGACCGCCGUCAGCUCGUUCCUCCGUUUCCCUAUGACGAAAAUAGAACGAAGUUGCAUCAGGAGAGGUACAACGAGAAAAAGACUCUUGCCACACUCGAAAAUUGCGCCGCCAAAUUGCUGGACACGGAAACGAACGAGGACGUGAUCGCGAUGCGCGACAGAUGCAUUGAGAUCAUCAAUGAGUUGUCAGUUGCCAGCCAACUCGCCGCAUGGCAAUCACGUUUGAUGUUGCAAGGCGAGGAGUACCGCGUACUUCUUGUCAACUCGCAUCAGAAGCGCUACCAGUACAAUUUGGUGAGAGAGCAGAAAUUGUGAGUUCAUAUUUUGAUAAAUUAGACGAGAUUGAAAUGUUUUCAGUGGCAUCGAUAAUCCACAGGAGUUCAUCGAGAACUUCGGCAAGAAACUUAUUGAAGCCAGGAAUGUGUACGAUGGUCUCAUUCAAAGAUUGGACCACAUGAAGGCCAAAAACGGGCUUCUCCAAGAAAACAAGACUGAUGAAGGAAUCGAAAAGGCGAACGAGUACAGAAUGAAAUAUUGUUUUUCUGUCCAUGUAGGAUAACUGACAUCAUACUCUCUCAUCUAAAUGCUUGUAUUCAGACCACUAAUGAGCUCCAACGCCUAAUCAAAACGUUCACGGAAAGAUUCGAUAGUUACAAAAAAGCAAUUUGCAAGCUAGAUAAUCAGCCCGCAGUGCUUUCCGCCGAGGCGAUACGGAUUUCUGAAGGAACUAUUCCAGUGGAGGACAUAGAUCAAGAAAUCAAAGACGAGAUGGACAAAAUUGAAAUGUACUACGAGGAAAUUGUGAACGAAAUGCUCAAAGACAAGUGAGUUUCAAAAACGAUUUCAGACUGCUUCUAUUCGUGUACAUAUGUUCACAUUUUGCAGGGAAGAAUGUGAGGUCUACCGCAAAAUCUUCAGUCACAUCGUCGCCGACAUGAAGUUAGUUCUCGGGAAUCUGCACACGCUGUCGCGUCAUGCCAAGAGCAGACGUGUGAAGUUGGCAAAAAACUACUGCGAACACUUCUUGUUCCUUGAGAACAAAAAUUUCGCCGUCAAAAGAAAGCACGCUGUAGGCUAUAGAGUGAGUUUGCACAUUUUCCAUCACAUCAUUGAACUUGAAAAUAUUUACAGCUUCUGAAAGCUACGGAGGUGUACGAAAGAAUGGUGAGACUCACGAUCUUCUGCAAGAGGGACCAAAGGCUCAAGUACACCCAAAGUGAGAGAAGUAUGGCCAUCAAGUCAAGUCUUUCCUUCACGUCAUUCCGUUCAUUUUCAGAGUCCCAAGAUCUGGAUAUUGACAUUUUCGGCACAUAUCAUGUGACCGAAGACAAGGAGGAACCCGAAGCCGGACCAUCUCCGCUUUGUGACGAGCCGAUCGAAGCGGGGUACGAUGACGAGGGAGAGGCUCUGUUCCAGAGACUAUUGGCGAAUUCGCGUUUUUUGAUGUGA